AUUGGUUCGUCAGUGAAGCAUUUGAUUUGGUCUAAUAAACAUCGGCGAACCGAGUCCGAGGAUAGCUGUAAAUAGUUGAGAGAAAGACUCAAAUCAAAACACCCGGGAUUACUGUGACAGUGCAAGUGUGUGAGUGCUAAUCCGUGAAUAUACACAUAUACCCAAACGUAUACGCCAUGAAAACCUUCAUCCUAAUGUCCUGCCUGGCUCUGGCCGCGGCGCGCCCUGAAGCUGGCUACAACUACAACCGUCCCGGUGGCGGCGGUGGCAACAUUGGCGGCGGCGGCGGUGGAUUCGGAGGCAGCUCCGGUGGCGGAUUCGGCGGCUCCAGCGGAGUUGGCGGCGGGUUCGGUGGCGGAUUCGGUGGCGGCUCAGGAGGCGGUGGCGGAUUCGGCGGCGGUGGCGGCGGCUUCGGUGGCGGAUCCGGCGGUGGUUUCGGAGGCGGCAUCGGCGGUGGAUUCGGAGGCGGCGGCGGCGGUGGCGGCACCACUUUGGUGCAGAAGCACAUCUAUGUGCAUGUGCCACCACCAGAGCAGGAGGAAGUGCGUCAGCGACCCAACCUGCCCGUCGGCCAGGCCCAGAAGCACUACAAGAUCAUCUUCAUUAAGGCGCCAUCUCCACCCUCGUACCAGGCUCCGGUCAUCCCGCUGCAGCCCCAGAACGAGGAGAAGACCCUGGUCUACGUGCUGGUCAAGAAGCCCGAGGAUCAGCAAGACAUUGUCAUUCCCACGCCAGCACCCACGCAGCCCUCCAAGCCCGAGGUCUACUUCAUCAAGUACAAGACCCAAAAGGAGGGCGGCGGCGGCGGUGGCAUUGGAGGCGGCAUCGGUGGCGGCAUCGGUGGCGGCAUUGGCGGUGGCAUCGGCGGCGGCAUUGGCGGCGGCAACGGUGGCUUCACCCAGACCAACACUGGCAGCGGAUACACAACUGGCGGCGGCGAUGGCGGCUUCUCUGGCGGUGAUCUCUCAGGCGGUGGCAUCUCGGCGCCGUCGAGCAACUACGGCCCACCCGGCAAGUCUGGCCCCUAUUAAGCAGCAGCUCGGCAUAGAAGUCACACCUCGAUCUAGCUACAAUCGGACAAACAGACAAACACACACUCGGUUCAAGCUGCUGACUAGUCCUGUCGUUGACGCGCUAACAAUCAACUCCUCCCGACAAACACGCCCACACUCAACACUGCAACUGCGACUUGACCCAAAACUCUGGACGAGAAGACGCACCCAGCAUCCGUUCCAGUCCCCAAACGAAUGGACGCCUCUGUCGUCCGACACUUUUGUAUAUAAAAAUGUUUCCGACUUUCCACACUCACCAAGCAUCACUCGAGGCAUCACCAUUUUCAUCUCUUCCUCUCUCACUCACAUUCGCUCUCUCUCUUUAUCUCUCUCUCUCUCUGUCACACACAAUCUCGUCUGUUUCUCACACUUGCCUAACCCAAAUCCAUUUAGCUAAUAGGUGACAAGUGCCGGGUUCUCCGGGUAGGGAACUCCACUUGGCAUUCGAGCAACGGAAAAGAAAAUGAAUUGAAGAAGAAGAAGAAGAUGAAGAUGAAGAAGUAGAAGGAGAAGCUAGUAGAUGAUGAUAAUGCGCAAGCUGAUAUAUAACUCCAUUCAUAAUACAUAAUACAUAUAAAUAUAAAUAUACUUUAAUUAUAUCAUUAGCUCUAAGUACUUUAUGCACAAUAAAAAAAAACAAC